ACUGAAACCCGUUCAAGGUCUUUUGUUUCCAUUUUUGCUGGGUCUACGACAGUCCUAACCUCAAAUAUCUUCAAAAAUGGUUGUUGAAAAGGAGGAAAAAGUUGAAAAUUCCGAAGUUCCAGAGACUGAGACAAGUGAGGACGCCCAGGAAAUUGAAGAUGUGAAGAACUACAUUGCAGAAGUGCAAUCGAGGAUUGCCGCAAAGACUUCCCUGAGGGCAGAAAAUACAGCAAAUGCGAAACCCACAGAAGAAUAUUUCUUCAAAUUGGACUCCAAUGUGAAGAAAAAUACGGCUUUUGUGAAGAAACUGAAGCAGUUUACAGCUGCCCAGCUGGAUUCCCUGCUGAAGGACAUGUCAGGGCUCAAUCUCACCAAGUACAUCUCGGAGAUUUGUGCUGCAAUUGUGGAUGCCAAGCUCAAGACAACCGACGUCACGGCAAUGGUGAUGCUGUGCAGUAAACUCCAUCAGCUGUACCAGGAUUUCUCGCAGCUCUUCUUUGAGCACUGGCAGAAAAUCCUCAGCAUCAAGGGGACAGACAAGCUGGCUAAUCCGAGUAAAAUGCGAGUAGAUUUGCGCCUUUUUGCUGAGCUGGUCAGCGUUGGAAUCUUCUCCAAUAAGAGUGGAUUAGCUCUCCUGGGGAAUGUUCUGGUUUCCCUGAUUCAGCAAGAUCGCGAAGAGUUUGCCAAUCUCUCCAUUAUCCUUUCAUUCUGUAAGAAUUGUGGAGAGGAAUAUGCUGGAUUGGUGUCAAAGAGAAUGUCCGACUUGGCGGAGAAGCACAAAAUGACUCUACCAUCAUCAACUUUCCUCCUUCCGGAUAAACAGCAGAAUCUGCGGAAUUUACUUCGGGACUACUACACAUCCCUGGCGGUGCAUCUCAAAGAGAGGCACAAGGAGCUCCAGGCAAUGGAGAGAAGCUGCCAGAAUGCUCUGUCGUCAAAGGGAGAGGUGUCCAGUGCACGUCGGGAAAAGCUGGAAUUUAUGCAAUCUUCCUUCGAUAAACUCCUCUCCUCCACUCAAACACUCUCUGAUCUCCUCCGGGAACCCCUUCCGGAUCUCCCCAAACAGACAGAAGAAGCUUCUGGGGGGAUAAUUUUUGAAUGCACCGAUCCCUCCGCGGAUGGCCAGCUGGACCCGUGGGGAGAUGACGAAACAAAGAGUUUCUACAUCGAUCUUCCGGAUUUGCGACUAUUCCUCCCCAAUUUUGCCCCAAAACAGCCCUCAGUGGCCCCGGAAGAGCCACAAAUGACUGAAGAAGUUCUCGAUAUGGACAUUGAACCCGAACAGCUGGCUGUGGAGGAGCCACUGGACACUGAAAUCCCUGCACCAUCCACCCCUGAACCCCCUGCAGAGGAAAUCAUCCCCAAAGCCCCAAUUCCGCAAACAAUUCAGAGCACAAAGCACCAAUUUGACACAUUCACGCAUAAUCUCAUGAAUUGCGUCAACAAGGAGCUCAUUGAUUCGGCUGCCAUUGAAUUCCUUCUGCAUCUCAACACGAAGAGUAAUCGCAAGAAGUUGGCCAAGGUUCUCUUUGGCGUCCAACGUACUCGACUGGAUUUGCUGCCGAUGUUUGCACGCUUUGUGGCGACAAUUAAUAUUGUCUCUCCGGACGUGGCAACGGAUUUGGCGCUUCUGCUGAAGAAUGACUUUCGCUAUCAUGUCGUGAAGAAGGAUCAAAUUAACAUUGAGAGCAAAAUUAAGGUCGUCCGUUUCAUUGGGGAACUCACAAAAUUUGGGCUUUACUCCAAAAUUGAAGCCCUGUAUUGCCUCAAAUUCCUCCUGCAUGACUUCCAGCAUCACAACAUUGAGAUGGCGUGCGCUUUCCUGGAAGUUUGUGGGCUCUAUCUCUACAAUUGCGCCGAAAGUCGUCUCCGGACGAAUGUCUACUUGGAGCAAAUGAUGCGCCUGAAGGUGGUCACAGCUCUGGAUUCGCGGCAUGCAGCGCAAAUUGAGAGUGUCUAUUAUCUCGUGAAGCCACCUGAGGGGGUGGGAAUUGUACGAAAGCAGAGACCUCCCAUGCAAAUGUACAUUCGCUAUUUGGUCUUUGAGGUGCUCAACAAGUCCAACGUUGAUAAGAUAAUUAAGCUAAUGCGAAGGCUCAACUGGGAAGACAAGGAGAUUUCUGAUUAUGCCAUUAGAUGUCUAUCAAAGGCCUACAAUAUUCGGUAUCAUCUGAUCCGUUGCCUGGCGGAUUUGGUGUCCGGAUUGAGUUCGUAUCAGGACAAGGCUAUGGCAAAGGUCAUUGAUUGUGUCUUUGAGGAUAUUCGCGCAGGGCUGGAGAUUCAUUCACCGAAGCUUGCACAGAGACGCAUCGCCAUGGCUAAAUAUCUCGGAGAGCUCUACAACUAUCGCCUCAUAGACAGUCAUAACGUCCUCAAUACACUUUACUCCAUAAUCUCGUUGGGAGUCUCAAUGGAUCACGCUGUUGUGUCCAUUGUGGAUCCUCCGGGAAGCCUCUUUCGUCUAAAGCUAGCUUGCGUCCUCCUCGACACGUGUGGGCAGUACUUUACAAAUUCCAGCCGCAAAGGGUUGGAUUACUUCCUGAUGUUCUUCCAGCAGUACUUUUGGUUCAAAAAAUCCGAUCCAAUCUUCGAGACAGACACCAACGGGGAUCUCUUCCCGAUUCUCGUGGAGCACAUGUAUCGUGAUUGCUUAGCAAGUGUACGGCCCAAGUUGAAACCCUUCACGUCGUACGAUCAAGCCAAAGAAGCUGUUGAGAAGCUCAAGGGGGAGCUCUAUCCCACACUCAAUAGUAGCGCAACAGACACCAUUGAGAGUGCCGAGAGUGAGCUGGAGGUGAUAAAUGAGGCAGAUAGUGAUAUUGAGAAUACAGCGGAGGAAACUUCGGAAGCCAUUGCGGACUCCGAUGAGGAUACAGGAAGACGGAGUCGUGAGGAAGUUGAGGAUCUCGAUGCUGAUCAGGAGGAUAGUGCCCAAAUGGAUGAAAUGGAGCAACAGAGUAGGAAAACACCUGAAAAAACGCAGGAAGAUCUUGAAUUUGAGCAAGCUUUCGAAAGAAUGUCCGUUGAUAGCUACCAGGAACGUUUACGGGAUCCCGUGAAGCCCAGCACGAAGGAUAUUCCCGUGCCAAUGAUGACACGAACGGGGAAGAAAACCUACGAGCAGCUGAGUAUGCAGCAAUCACCGGAUCAGCAGCCAAAGGAAGAGACAGUCUCCUUCGUUCUCAUGAUGCGUGGGAAUAAGGCGGGAAAGCAGCAAUUUAAGACAUUCGCCGCCCCCGCUGAUAGUCACCUGGCCAAGAAUCUAAAGUUGCAAGAACAGAAAAUUCGAGAGGAGAAUGAGAAAGUUAAGAGACUAACCCUCAACAUCACGGAGAGAAUCGAAGAAGAAGACUACCAGGAAUCCCUGUUGCAAUCACAACGCUGUGCUGCCCAGAAUCGGCAGCAAAAAGCAGCAAAACCACAGAAAUUCAAACAUCAAAAAGGUGCUCCGGAUGCAGAUUUGAUUUUCAGUUAGAAUUAUGCGGCUAAAUAAAAAUUAUAUUGAUCCUGAAA